UCUUACCGGAUGACAUGGUUGUACUUGCUGAGCCAGAUCCGGAGGACGAUAUGGUACGAGCAAUCGGGAAGGCGAUAUCAAUACUUCCAAGUAUUAACCCUGAGGAGAUGCACAAUAGAAAGCUGUACAGUUGGCAAGAUGUAGCGAAAAGAGCCGAGAUUGUGUACGACCGUGCCAUGAAGUGUUCUAAUAGAAGUCUGCUAGAACGUCUAUCGAGGUUCCUGUCAUGUGGAGCGUGGGCAGGGAAGGUAUUAUGUAUGGUUAUGAUCAUUGAUUACUUGCUUUGGCGGUUACUUCAGCCUGAUGAUGAUAUCGAGAAGGCACCAGAUAUCAGUUUUCGCCAUUAGGAAGGUAGUAGUUGAGAGUUUCAAGUAGGAAUAUAAAUCAGGAAAUGAGGUGAGAGUCAUGAUAAACAGAGUCUCAGUCAGCUCCGUCGAUGGUUAGAGGCCUUAUAUUCAUUUUCUUCUUUAGAAGCUCGUCCUUGAUAAUUGAUUGUAUUUUGUAUAAUUGUUUCGUAUAUUUUCAUUAUUUAUCUGAGAGACUGGAAUCAGUUUUUUCCUAGUGAAGGGGGGAUAUUACACGUUGAAACA